AAUGUAACCUUUUGAAAUCUGCUCUCCCCUCGGCACUUUUUCCACCUCCCCUAUCUAUUUCUCUCUCUAUACUUUCCUUUGCUCCCAUUCCAAGUCUUCUUUCCUCUUCACCUAACCUCAGAAGAAGCUCGUCUGUUCAUCAAUGGCGGAUUUGGACUCUUUCAACAAACCCCAUCAUCGAGUUCCAGCGCCGACCUCUCCACUUCAACCAAACUCUAGUAAGUCCUACUCCUACACACAAAUUAUCUGUAAAUCUCUCAUUGUUGUUUUUGUUCUUGUUCUUCUUCCAUUGUUUCCUUCACAAGCUCCUGAAUUUAUCAACCAAACUAUACUCACUAAACUAUGGGAUCUUUUUCGUCUUCUAUUCAUCGGCAUUGCUGUGUGUUAUGGCUUGUUUAGUCGACGACAUGUCCAAAAGAACACUGAAAGCUACUCAAAAAUUGACAAUUCACAAACUUACUUGUCUGGGAUUUUACAUGUUUCCUCUAUUUUCGAAGAUGGGUUCGAAAACCCAUGUGGGUCUGAUGAGAAAAGAGUGAUCCAAGCAUGGAAUUCUCAAUACUCACAGAGUGAAUCCAUGGUUGGAGUCACUAAUGGUAGCUCUAUUCUCGAUGAAUGGAACGAUCCCAGAUCCUCACUUCCUAAAAAUAGGCUUGAAAAUUCAUCCGGUUCUAGGUAUUUUCAAGGUGAAACCAUGUUUGUUGCUGCUCACAGUGACCAUGUAAUAGAUCAAUGGGGUAAACCCGGACCGAGCAUUGACUAUAAACCCUUGAAUUUACCUAUUCGGAGUCUGAGAUCGAGAAUUGUGGACAGUGAUACUUCCGAUUCCUUUAAAGGAAGUGGAUCUAGUUCAAGUUUGAAGGGUUCUUCUAAUAGUUCAUCUAAGAGUGGUGAUAAAAUUAGAAAGGGGAAAGUUAGGGGUAUGGUUCCAAUAAAAUUGGAUGAAAAGUUUGAAGAAUCUGAUGUAUUAUCUUCCCCGGUUCCGUGGCGCUCAAGAUCGGGGAGGAUGGAUUUCAGAGGAGAAGGGGAUUCUGUUAAGCCUCCUUCACAUUCCAGGUUUCUCUCAGUUGGGGAAUUUGAAUUGGAACAUCUCAAAUCGCAGUCUUUCCGUUCCUCAAUUCCGUCUGGAAGUAGUUUUGGAUCUUCACCCAAGAAAGUAUCACCUUCCUCUAGUGUAUACUCGGUACCAAACUCAGAUAUGGAAGGUUUAGAGAGAGAGAGGAGUUGUUUGUAUGGGUCUUCUGAGCCCACUUCACAGACACAAUCAGCACCAAUAAGUGGUGAUACAUCAUUCUUUACUUCAAAGGCUCAAGGAUUUAGCAUUGGCUCUUUUUCUGAUAUGAACUUGGAUAGAAGUUCCAAAGAUAACUUGGAAAACUUUGGUAUGGGCAAAAGAGAUGAUCCAGUGAGCAGAGGAAAAUGGGGUGUGGAUUCUUUGAGCUCAAAUGUGGAACCCACAACAACCAUUGUUAAAGGUCUCUCAAGGGGAAAAUCAGUUAGAAGGAUUAGAGCCAGUGAGAAUGUGGUGACGAUGACAAGAAGGAAAACAGGAGAUAUUUGUGCAAAUCAUACAGAUGAUGACAUGGUUAGAAAAGCUCAUUACAAUUGUGAAGCAUCAUCCAAGGGAAAUACCAAAAGGACAGCAGAAGAUGAAAAUUCCAUGCUCGACAACCAAAAACCAAAUCUUGGUAAUCUGAAAGGAGAAAAGCAAAACUUUGAUGAUGACAGUAGUAAUAUAACAAUAGAAUCUGAAGAAGAUUCAGACAGUGAAUUUGGGAACUUUCGAGUAAGCUCAGACGAAGAAGCAGAGGUUGAGUCUGACAUUAUCAAUGAUGCGGGACUUGACCCUAAUGAGGUUGAUAGGAAGGCUGCUGAAUUUAUAGCUAAGUUCAGAGAGCAGAUUAGGCUUCAGAAAAUUGCAUCCAGUAAAGGACCAAGUGGUUGGUAGGUGUUCAUCAAGGUAAACCAUAAGUUUAUACUUGCCCUCGAAAAGUUAUAUAUGAACUGAUAGUAAGUUGAUGUUUCUAAUUCAUCUAGCUUUUAAUUUAUGUUCCCAUCCUUCUUCUUCUUCUUUUUUAAGUUGUAUACAUUGUAUUAUCUUAAAUGGGCAUCAAGAUAUUUGCAAUUUACAGUUGUGAUGAAGAUUCAUUAUCUGCAGAAAUAAUAAUAGUUUUCCUUGCGUUUCAA